GCGGAGCGGCUGAGGCGGUGCCGGCGGUCACGUCCUCCCGGCCGCGCCGCUCAGGCCCGGGCUGCGCUCCGGUUUCUGCUGCCGUUCUGUGGCGUGGGCUCCAUGUCCCCUUUCCCUGCCUGUGGAGUUUCCUUGUCCUUCAAUAAUUGGGCUGAUCUAGAAGACUGAAAGCUGGAGUGGGACCAAAACCUGACCCUCUGACAGGAAUCCUUCAGGCAGCCUCGUCCUGGGCCUUUGUACACAGCAUAAUGAAGAACCCCACGAAGUCAUCCUCCCUCCACCGAUUUCAUCAACCCAGAACGUGGCGGGCAGUGGCCAAGGUCCUGCCGGGGGCCAAAGUCCCCGCAGAGAGCGCGGGGCAGGAUCCUGCUCACCCCGCAUCACUCCCAGGCUCCUGGCUCCGCACACCCUGAUCGCUCAGCAUGAACCCGGGGAUACAGAAGGUGGAAGCUUUGGGAGAUUUCGUCCACGUGGAGUGGGAGGAUGGGAGCGAGAGCCGCUACCCCUGUGUCUGGCUGCGGGACAGCUGCCGGUGCCCACGCUGCUUCCUGAGCUCUGCCGGGGCGCGCAAGUUGCUCCUGGAGGACCUGGAUGUGAACAUCGUGGUGAAGGAGGUGACUCUGGCAGGCAGAGAAAAGAUCUCUAUUAUAUGGCCUGAUGAGCAUGCAAGUGAAUUUGAAGCUGAGUGGUUGAAAAAAAGAUGUUUCUCUGAAGCAGCCAGAGCAGAAAUGAGAGAAGAAUUAUUUUUAACAGAAUGUGAGUACUGGGGCUCAGACCUGCAGCUUCCCAAAAUGCCUUUUGAAGAAAUCAUGCACAAUGAUGAAAGCACAUACAAGUGGCUGUGCACCCUAAAGAAAGUAGGGAUUGUGCUCCUGACAGGAGCUGCUGCUCAGCAGGGAGAGUUGCUGAGACUCGGCCAGAGGAUUGGCUUCCUGCGCCUCACUUUUUAUGGACCAACUUGGCAAGUGCAAGACAAAGCAGAUGCUAACAAUGUGGCUUAUACAACUGGGAGACUGUGUUUUCAUACUGAUUAUCCUGUUCUGCAGCAUCCACCUGGGGUUCAGUUUCUGCACUGUAUAAAGCAAACAGCAGAAGGAGGUGAAAGUGAAGUUGUAGAUGGAUUUCAUGUAUCCAACAAGCUGAAGGCACAAAGUCCUCAAGCAUAUCAGAUCCUGACCUCUACUGCUGUAGACUAUACAGAUGUUGGGGUGGACUACUGCGAGUUUGCUGUGCAGUGUAAACAAAGGAUUAUAGAUGUGGAUUCCAGGGGUCAAGCAGUUCGCAUCAACUACAAUAAUGCAACCAGAGACUCAGUGUUUGAUGUACCAGCUGACAGUGUGAGGCCAUUUUAUGCAGCUCUAAAGGAAUUUGAUGAUUUAUUAAACAGUGCAGAACACAAGUUCACUUACAAGCUGAAACCAGGGGACAUUGUGACAUUUGACAACUGGCGUGUGCUUCACGGCCGCCGGAGCUUCCAGUCGGGAUCAGAAGUGAGCAGGCACCUGGAGGGAGCCUAUGGAGACUGGGAUGUGGUCAUGUCAAGGCUGCGGCUCCUCAGGAAGAAGAUCCUGAACCAGGACUGAGUGUUCUAAGCAGAAUGAACAACAUCUAGCUGGUCUGACCUCAGAAAUUAAAAAAAACACUAAUAAUUAUAUUUUCCUUUCAGAAAUUAACAUCAUGAAUGUAUUUGUAUUUUUUUACUUCUGUAAGCUACUAAACUUGUUGUUCGUAACAACUUAAGAUUUGUCUCUACCCUGGGCUUUAAAUCUAUGCAAAGCAUUGCUAGCUCUGUCAGUUCAUUUGCUUUGUAAAAUCAGGGGGGAAAUGUCUUGAAAGAUUAUCACUUCACUGGACUAACUGGUUAUCCCAAUGCCUUAGUGUUCCACUACAAAUAUAUCUGCCCUCCCUGGAAAGCUUGGAACAGAGCAUCAAAAGGGAAAUUAUAAGUAUUACUUACUGGAAGUUUGCUAUGAGCUGUACUCUAUUUUCAGAGAGGCAUUUUUUUAAUUCCAUAAAUCCUAAGUAAAUUUCAUUAUCAAAAUAAGCAGCCACUGCUGGGAGUUAUUUUUAUAUACACACCUUUCCAGGUAGAGCUGAGUGGAGUUCAGGUGAAUUCCAGCUCCUUUCUGGGUCGACAGAACCUCUGGCACCAGGGUACAAGCAGGACUCUGAAGCUGGCUGGAUCUGCAGUUAAACACUCAC